AUGUCUCUGCCACCAUCAAUUAUUCAUAUCAAGAGGAAAGCCACAGAUUUACCUCAAGAUUUUCUUCGUGUUGAUGAUGCCGUCACAAAACGACAACGUCGGACCACCGAUUUUGUUUACUCUAGACAGCAAACUCCACAAGUCGAUACUACCCCCUCUACUCCUCAAUCAGCUCCACCAGGACGACGCAUUAAACCUUUACAUCGUUCUACAAGCUCCCGGUCUUUGACUGUCAAAAAACAAGGGAAAAGUGAAGGAACUGUUCAAUCAAUAAAUGAAGUCAAUAAAGAGGACCAAGAAGUCAAGACCCAACCUCCGACUGCCAAUAUUCCUACAAAACAAGAUGACGAAGUGAAUCAUGCUUCAGACAGCAUACAACCUUCAAGUAGUGGGUCCCCUCUGAGUCGUGGAAGUACGAAGAAAGCAGUGCAGCAGAGACGAUUCCAUCUUUCGAGAAGUGCAACACCUUCCAUUUCUCCAGGUCCAAGUACUGGGGUACGAAAGCGCAAUGCUACAGUGUUUAUUGAGCGUCGCGUGCGACAAAAGACCCAAGAGGAGAAGUGGACAUCUGUGGCCAACGCUGCGAUAAAAUCGGAGAAUGUUGCUACCCAGAAACAAGACCAAGAGGAAAAACCACAGAAAAAGCCAGGCCGAGGAUCGAGAGUGCAAGUAGCACCUCCAAAAGAUACGAAGGGUGAGAAGGAUGCAAAGGAAAUCCCUGCACCUCAACCAAAACCACCCUCUGCUUUGGUCAACCCUUGGGGUCUUGAUACAGAUGAUUUGGCAGCACAGAUGCAAGCUUAUACACUACAAGAAAUUGGUCGUAGUAUUGCAGAAUCCAAGGCAGCAGAACCUAAACCAUCUGUACCAGUACAAUCCUCUUAUCGCAAAUCAACAUCUACUAGAUUCAAGCCCAAAGUACCAGCUUUGCGCUACAAGGAACGUCAUCCAGAGGAAAAUACCAUGGAAGUUGACGAGGAUCAAAUGUCUGGAGUUGAGACUGAUGGGGAUGUGGAUACCGAUUCAGAGUAUAUCAUUGAGACAUAUAUUCGUGUUCCUGCUGAAGAUAUCGACAAUGAAGAUAAUAAGAUCAAUUUUGGUAUUCUUGUGCUUGAUGCUCAAUCAGAUAUUGACGAGUUUUAUCAAGAUUGGGAUACAGAUGAAGAAGUAGAAGAUGAGGCGGAAGAAGAUGAGAAUGAUGAGAAUCACUACACAGCCGAUUAUCCUGAUGCGGAAGUCGACUCAGACGACGAGUACAAUAGAAAUGCCUAUGCAUAUCGUACCGGUAACGCUUCAGAUCUCGAGGAAUUUGACGAGGAUGAUAGUGAUGCAGAUGAAAUGGGAUUUAGUGAUGAUGAAACCGACAAGUUGAAAUAUCCAUGGCAGAGAGUUGCGGCUCAUGGACGGAGAAAUCAAAUCAACCAAUUUGCGAGUGGUGAGGAGGAUGAGGAUGCGGAUAUGGAAUAG